UAUUUUCUUUACAAGCUCCUUUGAAACAGGCAGAGUACUGCUCCUGAUCAUUCUUAUCAAUUUUCUGUCAGCUAACAAGUUGAUGAGAUAAUGUGCACAAGAAUCAUAAAUUUGAAAAGGAGAAUCUAAGUCUUCUGCUGAAAGAAGUAACAUUUGCACAGAGUUAUUAACUUCGACGAGCUUAAUAUAAUGGCUGUGGUCUCAGUUUCUAAUAUCCCAUAAGGUUCUCAAGGGAACUAGUCUUUGGGUUCUUUAUUGAAUUAUUAAAAAAGAUUGCAAGGAUUUCAACAAAGACACGAUAUCAUAGGCAAUUCAAAAACUUGGAUUCUAACGAUCAUGUUCAUGUUCUUGACCUUGUGGAACACUGCAAUGGGAGAUCCAAGAACAACUGUCGCGGGUCAAUUUUGCAACAAUGCCAGAGCAGUUUCAGGUGCUUUACUAGCCAACAAUUUUGUUCCUGCAAUGGAUAAUUUGAGUACCCUAGUAAGCGCAAAUGGAUAUGGGACAACAGUUGUUGGCAAAUGUCCAAAUGAAGUCUUUGCUCUUGGUCAGUGUUUAGAAAACUUAGGAACAGUUGUUGGCAAAGGUCCAAAUGCAGUCUUUGCUCUUGGUCAGUGUUUAGAAGACUUAGGUUCUAUCGAUGGCAAACUGUGUUUCUCUGAAAUAAUAUCCCAACUACCUAAAUGUUAUCCAAACUGAGGUGGUAAAAUUUCUCUUGAUGGGUGCUUUGUUAGAUAUGAGAAUCAUUCAUUCUUCAAUGAGGUGUUUGAUUCAAAAGAUAAAAAUGUUUGCUCUUUUAGUGAAAAUGCUUCAAACACACAAAAUUUUCAUGAAGCUGUCAGAGAGGUUGUUGGUAAUGUGUCAUCUGAAGCUCGAAAGAACAAGGGAUUUGCUGUUGGCUCCGCCUCGAAUAUUAAUUUAAGUUAUUCACUUGCUCAAUCUUGGGAGAACAUGGGAAAGGAAUGAUGUAACUUUUGUCUUAAUGUUGCAGCUUCUUCGAUUGUGUCAUGUCUUCCGGGAACAGAAGGCCGGGCACUUUAUGCUGGUUUUUACAUGAGGUACUCAACUGAGCUUUUCUGGAAUGUAGAUCAGAACACGUCGAGCUCUAAUGGGAAAAGCAAUAUCUUGUGGAUUAUACUUCUCUCUUCGCUUGGUGGCUUUUUGUUGAUAAAUGGUAUUAUUGUGGUUUGGAGGAAAGAUGACUUCCAUGGUAAUAAGGGGCUGUUUGAUUUCUCUGGGCCAGGAUUACCCGCGACUGUUUCUCAAUCAAAAUUGAGUUUCAGAUAUGAGGAGCAAAAGGCUACUAGGAACUUUUGCCCAUCAAAUAGAAUUGGUCAGGGGAGCCAUGGGACUGUUUACAAGGCUGUUCUUUCUGAUGGAAAAGAAGUUGCCGUAAAGAGACUGUUCCUUAACACAAGACAGUGGGUUGAUCAGUUUUUCAAUGAAGUUAAUCUGAUAAAUCAAGUUCGUCACAAAAAUCUAGUCAAGCUGCUUGGUUGUAGUGUAGAUGGCCCUGAGAAUUUGCUUGUAUACGAGUACUACCACAACCGGAGCCUAGACCUGUUCAUAUUUGGUGAGAACCAUAAUAAGCAUUUAAACUGGCAGCUGAGGUUUGAUAUUAUUAGAGGAGUUGCAGAAGGACUAUCUUAUCUCCAUGAAGAAUCUGAAACUCGAAUCAUUCAUCGAGACAUAAAGGCCAGUAAGUUUAAGCCCAAAAUAACAGAUUUUGGACUUGCAAGAUCUUUCUCUCAGGACCAAACUCAUCUUAGCACUGGAAUAGCUGGAACACUGGGUUAUUUAGCUCCAGAAUAUAUCGUGCAUGGGCAUCUCACAGAAAAAGCAAAUGUAUGCAGCUACGGCAUGCUGAUUUUUGAAAUCGUGGGCGGUAAAAGAUGCAGCAAUCUGUUAGGAUCUCAGCCCAGGCGUUCGCUUUUUGCAAAGGCUGGCACGGUAGUAGAAAUUAUAGAUGAAAUUAUUUACGAGGAAAAUAUAAAAGAAGGGAUCAUCCAUGUUGUACACAUUGGAUUAUCCUGUACUCAAGCCAAUCCACAGAGCCGAUCAACAAUGGCAAAGGUAGCGGAGCUGCUGAGAAGCCGCAGAAUUGAAAUGGAGCUUGUUUUGAGUGACCCUCCAUUUACAGGGAUUUCUGUGGAAAGUAUACCAUGAUGUGCAGGUUAAUAUGCUUUUUGUGAUUUAUUAUUGUCACUUGAGCAGUGUGAUAAUGUUCGAUUAUUUAUAUGAUGUUUUCGUAUUGAUUUUGACAUGCUCUUUGGAUGAUAAGUGAAGAGGUAAUG